CUCCGGUUACGCUGGUAGGCAUCAUUCAUCCCAGAAUCCCUGCAGUCUCCUUUCUUCGCGAUGCAUCGACGAGGCACCAGCACCCCGCGGUCUCUUAUUGAGCCUUCCCCCUCAACCCUCCCAGGUUGAACCCAAGGGCCAGUCCAGUGUCUCUCUAUGGUCUUCAUCCUUUUAUCACGCUUCCGGUCCAUGCAUACCUCCGGUUCCCUCUUGCUGUCGCCAUGAAACGCCUCAGUAAAGACACUCGAGUGAUCCUAGGCACCACCAUCGCCAUGCUGAGUCUGGCGGUGGUCUCGGUGGUCGUCCGGUUCAUCGUGCGCUUUGCCAAUCGAAAGCUGCUCCCCUUGUCCGACGGGCUGAUGCUGCUUGCGCUCAUCUGUCUAUCGGCGAGUGGGAGCAUGGUUAUUUACUACAUUGUGGCCGGCCCGGGCCCCGGCAACUUUGACAUCAAAACCCUCCCCGCAAAUGCAGCUAGCGAGGAGAUGGUAUGGGCAAAGGCUUUGCUGCAUAUGCUGUACGCAGCGAACAUCUUCAGCCUCGCCGCCAUCACCUUGAUCAAACUCUCCCUACUCGCCUUCUUCCACACCCUUUUCUCGGUCUCGGACACCUUCCGGUGGUUUAACUGGCUCACCGCCAUUCUUUGCAUCAUCUGGUUUAUCGUCUUCUUGCUCCUAGACGUAUUCCUGUGCCGCCCGAUCCACCUGAUCUGGGACACCAUGGCGUCCGCAAAAUCCUGCAUGCCCAGCGGAAGUCUCGGCCUCGGCAUGGAACUGACCAACCUGUUCCUGGAUGUCAUGAUUAUUUGCCUGCCGUUGUCCAUGUUGAAGGCGCUGCCGCUGACCGUUAGCCAGAAAUGCCAGGUCGCGUUCACCUUCCUCCUCGGCGGACUGGUCUGCAUUAUCAGUAUGGUCAAGCUUGCCUUCAUUUGGAAUGCUUCGGACCCUCGUCAACGGCGCAGCGUCCAGGGAGUGAAGCUGUCGAUUAUUCAGUUAGGGAUCGCCACCUUGUGUGCUUGUCUACCGACCUACGCGUCUCUGUUCCGUCUCGCCCAGCGCAAACUGCGAUCCAGAAGUUCGGACGACAACGUGUACGGCGAGUCUCCUCAGUCACCAUAUAACCGGGUCCCGGGGACUCUUCCGGACGAUAUCCCGACUAACCCAACGAGCGAUGCAAUGACGACUGAUGAUAUCUGA